UAUUCCUCUGUCAUGGCUAAUUCACGCAGAAAAUUAAUAUUUAAUAUUUACAUCGUGUUUUACUGCUCAGCAGUCAUCAUGCCCCAAAUAUGUGUUUGUUCUCAGUUCACAAGUUCACCUAUUGAUCAGUUCAAUAAGGACCCCGAGGCUUUUCCAAUAGCCACCAAUGGGGAAAUAUUUCCUUGGCAUGAGCUAAGGCUCCCCACCGUGGUCAUUCCCCUCCACUAUGACCUUCUCAUUCACCCAAAUCUCACCUCCCUGGACUUCGUUGCAUCUGAGAAGAUCGAAGUCUUGGUUCGAGAUGCUACCCAGUUCAUCGUCUUGCACAGCCAAGAUCUUGAAAUCUUAAAUGCCUCUCUUCAGUCAGAGGAGGAUGUGAGAUACAGGAAACCAGGGGAAAGCCUAACUGUUUUGAGUUAUCCUGCUCAUCAGCAAAUUGCCCUGCUGGUUCCAGAGAAACUUAGGGCUGACCUGAGAUACUCCGUGGCUAUUAACUUCCAGGCCAAGCUAGCUGAUGGUUUUGAAGGCUUUUAUAAAAGCACGUACAGAACUCUUGGUGGUGAGACAAGAAUGAUUGCAGUAACGGAUUUUGAGCCAACCGAGGCACGAAUGGCUUUCCCUUGCUUUGAUGAACCAUUGUUCAAAGCCAACUUUUCAAUCAAGAUAAGAAGAGAGAGCAGACAUAUUGCCCUCUCCAACAUGCCAAAGGUUAAGACGAUUGAACUUGAAGGAGGCCUCUUGGAAGAUCAUUUUGAAACUACUGUAAAAAUGAGUACCUACCUUGUAGCGUACAUAGUUUGUGAUUUCACCUCUGUGAGUGGUACAGCCUCAUCAGGGGUCAAGGUGUCCAUCUAUGCAUCUCCAGACAAAUGGAGUCAAACACAUUAUGCAUUGGAAGCAUCACUGAAGCUGCUGGACUUUUAUGAAAAUUACUUUGAUAUCCACUAUCCACUCCCCAAACUGGAUCUCGUUGCCAUUCCUGACUUUGCAAGUGGAGCCAUGGAAAACUGGGGCCUCAUCACAUACAGAGAGACAUCGCUGCUCUUUGACCCCAAGACCUCCUCUACUUCCGAUAAGCUGUGGGUCACCAAGGUCAUAGCCCAUGAACUAGCACACCAGUGGUUUGGUAACCUGGUUACAAUGGAAUGGUGGAAUGAUAUUUGGCUCAAUGAAGGUUUUGCAACGUACAUGGAACUUAUCUCUCUCAAUAUCACAUAUCCAGAGCUACAGUUUGAUGACGAUUUUUCGAAUACAUGUUUUGAAGUAAUUAAAAGAGAUUCAUUAAAUUCAUCCCAUCCUAUCUCCAAUCAAGCAAAAACUGCUGUUCAAAUAAAGGAAAUGUUUGAUGCCGUUUCCUACAACAAGGGAGCUUGUAUUUUGAAUAUGCUCAAGGAUUUUCUGAGCGAGGACACAUUCAGGAAAGGAAUUAUUCACUACUUAAAGAAGUUCAGCUAUAGAAAUGCAAAGAAUGAUGAUUUGUGGCACAGCCUGUCAAAUAAUUGUUUAGAAAGCGAUUCCGCAUCGGGUGGAUUUUGUUAUUCUGAUUCCAAGAAGACAAGCAACACGCUCGCGUUUCUGCGGAAAAAUGUAGAGCUCAAGGAGAUGAUGGCUACAUGGACUCUGCAGAAAGGCAUCCCCCUCGUGGUGGUUAAACGAGAAGGGCAUUCCCUCAAACUGCAGCAAGAGCGCUUCUUGUCCGGGGUUUCCAAAGAGGACCCCGAAUGGGGGACUCUGCAGGAAAGGUACCUUUGGCAUAUCCCAGUGACCUACUCCACGAGUUCCUCUCAUGCGAUUCACAGACACAUUCUGAAACUGAAGACAGAUACUCUGGAUUUAUCUGAGAAGACCGAUUGGGUGAAAUUCAACGUGGACUCCAAUGGCUACUACAUCGUUCAUUAUGAGGGACAAGGAUGGGAUGAGCUCAUUACGUUGUUGAAUCAGAACCACACGCUUCUCAGGCCGAAGGACAGACUAGGUCUCAUUCACGAUGCAUUUCAGCUAGUAAGUGCAGGAAGGCUGACCCUAGACAAAGCCCUUGACCUGACUCGCUACCUCCAACGUGAAACGAGCAUUCCUGCGCUUCUCAAAGGUCUGGAAUACCUAGAAUUGCUUUACCGCAUGGUGGAAAGAAGGAACAUUUCAGAUGUCACUGAAAAUCUCAAGCAUUACCUUCUCCAGUAUUUUAAGCCAGUGAUUGACACGCAAAGCUGGGUUGAUGAGGGCUCCGUCUGGGACAGAAUGCUUCGCUCCAGUGUCUUGAAGCUGGCCUGUUACCUGAACCAUGCUCCUUGCAUCCAGAAGGCAACUGAACUCUUCUCUCAGUGGAUGGAAUCCAGUGGAAAAUUAAAUAUCCCAACAGAUGUUUUAAAGGUCGUGUAUUCCGUGGGGGCUCAGACAACAGCAGGAUGGAAUUACCUUUUAGAGCAAUAUGAACUGUCAUUGUCAGGUGCUGAAAAAAACAAAAUCCUGUAUGCAUUGUCAACCAGCAAACAUCAGGAAAAGUUAAUGAAGUUAAUUGAACUAGGAAUGGAAGGAAAGGUUAUCAAGACACAGGACUUGGCAGCUCUUCUUUUUGCGAUUGCCAGAAAUCCAGAGGGGCAGCAACUAGCCUGGAACUUUGUAAAAGAAAAUUGGACCCAUCUCCUUAAAAAAUUUGAUUUGGGCUCAUUCCCCAUAAGAAUGAUUGUCUCUGGUACAACAUCUCAUUUUUCUUCCAAGGAUGAGUUGCAGGAGGUGGAACUGUUCUUUGAAUCUCUUAAGGCCCAAGGAUCACAUCUAGAUAUAUUUCAAAUUAUUCUGGAAACCAUAUCCAAAAAUAUUAAGUGGCUGGAGAAGAACCUUCCCACCCUGAGGAAAUGGCUACUGAUUACUACUUAAAUGGUCAAUAGAAACAGCACAUCAGAUGCUGUGUCUGUGGGAAGUGGGCAGAGCUCAAGUCAAUGUUUCAGAUAGUUUAACCUGUAAGACGGAGAAGGCAAUGGCACCCCACUCCAGUACUCUUGCCUGGAAAAUCCCAUGGACGGAGGAGCCUGGGUAGGCUGCGGUCCAUGGGCUUGCAAAGAGUCAGACACGACUGAGCGACUUCACUUUCACUUUUCACUUUCAUGCAUUGGAGAAGGAAAUGGCAACCCACUCCAGUCUUCUUGCCUGGAGAAUCCCAGGGAUGGGGGAGCCUGAUGGGCUGACGUCUAUGGGGUCACACAGAGUCAGACACGACUUAGCAGCAGUGAAGUCACUUAGCAGCAGCAGCAG